UCAAAUCGACAUUUCACAUUUGUGACUAAAUUUGAUUCAGCUGCUAAAAAUAAUUUUACAAUUUUUACAGAAGUAGCUCAAAAAUGGCUAUUUCUAGAUUGACCCGACUUGUGGUACAAUCUAAAAACAUCUCAAAACAUGAACAUGUUUUGCCACGAAGAACAGCAACUACCACUCCGACUGGUGCUAUACUACCAGAACCAGAAAAAACACCAUUCGGACUCCUGAGUAUUGUUUGUGCUGUCGUACCAGGAUUAUUGAUUGGAGCUGCAAUAAGUAAGAGUAUUGCGAAUUUUCUGGAAGAGAAUGAAUUGUUUGUUCCUUCUGACGACGACGAUGACGACGACUAAGUAUUUCAACCAGGAUGGAUUGACAACGGUGGUUGAUGUGAAAGUAUUUUAUUUUUUAAUAGAUCUAAUGCGGGUAUAUGAAUAAUAAACAAGCUUGUUAAAUACAAAUUUAUUGUGUUACAAAAACCACAUUAUGUAUUUAAUGACUUUGUGCUAAGUUAUUAAAAAUAUCUAACUUAAUAAUUAGGUGGUUACUCAAACAAUAUUUUAGUUGUUACUAAAUUUUAAGUCAUACUUAUUUACAACGUAGACAUAAGUACAUAUAUUUAUACAUGAUAAGCAAGCUAUAUACAUUAAUUUGAAUUUCUAUCAUAAAAAUCACAAUAUUCAUAAAUAUAUCCCGGGUAACAAAUUAUGCAGUCUGUGCUGAGCUAGUCAAAUGUUACUCUCAAUUUAGUUGUAUUCAAAAAUCUCAUUACACUUGUGCUUAAUAUUAAGAAAAUGUGAAUAAAUGUCUUCUGAAAAUGGC